AUGAGGUGGAAGGGGCAGCGUUGUGUAGUGGAGGAGCAAUCAAAUCUGCUUGACGCGCUUGCGCUUUAUGCCUUUGUGCACUUCGUCAGGCCCUUGUUUCUAGAGCUUUCGCUUCUUGCUAUCAGUCUUCCUGGCCUUGUGCUCCUUUGCCUCAUACUCACUGGCUUUGCGCUCGUCGGUUUCGCGCUUCCACCAGACUUCGAGCCCCUGGCGCGCCUGCUGGGUCAUGGCUCUGAGCCAUCUCCGAGAGACCAUGUCAUCACUUUUGAGUUAUCGUCGGUGAAUCAGACUUAUAUCUUGGCAAGUCUGUGUGACGAACGCCUUCAUCUCCAGCUCCAGGCGAUCACCAUCUUGCCCGCACAUGUCUACUCUGCGUCAUCUUCCUUAUGCAGCGGUGCUAACAAUCAUACAGGCGAAAGCCCAUGUCUGGCUCCAUCGUCAACUACCCUCAGGAGCAGAGCUGUUACAACGCCUGCGGGCUUUGGCGCCCUCGGCAGGAAGAUAGAGACGAUAACCACGCCCUCGGUCUCGGACCGCGACAGCAAACGCUUCUCGGGCGAGGUCAAGCCCUCCAAGCUCUCCCGCCCCGACACCCUGAAGAAGACCAAGAUGGGCUUCACCAACUUUGUCAGCGGCCUGCGCAAGGUCAAGGCAACCAAGGAGCUCGAAACAAACAAGAACAAGUGGCAGCAGUUCAACGCAAUGAGCGAUACUCAACACCGAGUGCAGGUCGACUUUGAAGAUCACAUCGGCAACAAACGUCACACCAUCACGGACUGCUUCUCCUUCUCAACUUCAUGGUAUGCAGGAUCAUCCACAAACCGCUUUAUCUUCUCAAGCUGA